CAUUAAGUGGGGACGUCAGGGAGCUGUUGGAAAUCCGGGAAAAACUUCUGAAGAGAGGAGCAGAUAGGCAUAGCUGAUUGAGGUUGGGCAUUAAUUUCUGCUCCGAUGUGGCAUGGAAAACCCCUGGAACUAUGUGUCCGACAGUCACGCGAGUCACGUUAUAGACGCGAUCACAGAGCUCAGGAAGAACAAAGAGCUGUGUGACGUGGUCUUGGUUGUAAAUGGACGCUGUAUCCCCGCCCACAGGCUCAUCCUGUCCGCAUGCAGCCCUUACUUCCAUGGGCUGUUUGAGGGCCCUUGUCACAGCUCCCAACCUCUAGGGAAUCACCCCAUAGAGGUGCCGCUUUCUGGGAUUGACGCCUGCGCCGCUGAGAACGCCAUAGAUUACUGUUACACUUCCCACCUUGUGAUUGAUGAUGAGAAUGUCUGGAGUCUUCUCCCUGCAGCCAGCCUUCUUCAGCUUGAGGAGGUACAAAAUGUCUGCUGUGAUUUUCUCAAAGGGAGGCUGACUCUGUCAAACUGUGUCAGAAUGAGGCUGAUGUCAUCUUCUUGUCACUGUGAGGAGUUGAUGCAUCUCUGUGAUGCCUACAUCCAAAACAACUUUGACAGGAUUCUAUCCAGUGAAGACUUUUUAGGGGUCUCUGCAGAGAAUUUGAUUGUGUUCUUGUCCCAGUGUCUUUCCCAGCGAUUGGUGACUGAAAACUCUGUGUCUGAAGCUGUACAGAGAUGGGUGGGAAGAGAGAAGGAGCAGAGAGCAGUCUGUAUUAGUAUGAUCUCAAGAAGACUUCCUUGUGUUCAGAAGUUAGUGCAGAGGGACAACAUUCCAAGUUAUUCAUCCGAUGUCCAGAAAACGUCAGGGGACAUUCCGUUAAAUGUGGACAAGAGAGAUUACCCUCAGUGCUCUGUGUGCUCACUUCUGCUGCCGUCCCAACAAGUCCUUCAAAGUCACAUGUCUGAGUGGCAUGAGGGACCCCAGACGGAGCUCUGCCUGACCCCAGCAACCCCAGAGUUCCAGAAAGAUCCUUCAAACAGGAAGGCUAAACCUCCAGAACCUCCUGAUAUAGAUAUCAUUUGCCAGAUCUGCAACAAGCAUUAUCAUAGCGACAUAGAGAUGACAAACCAUUGCCUAGGCCACAUGGAAGGGUAUUCGCCGGCACCUGAGCAGGCUAGCACCCCAUCAGUGACCCCAUCAGUGACCCCGAGCAGCCCAGAGCACCCAGACUCGCCUGUGGCCAGUUAUCUCCAAUCCUCAUCCUCAGAGACUUUCCUUAGUAACUACAAGGGAGAGAAGCAGUACUGCUGCAAGAUUUGCGGGGAGCAGAUGCAGAAGGAGAGCCAGAUGUACAGCCACUGCGCCCAGCACCAUGGUUAUGGAGACAUGCCCCUCCAGUGCCAGGUAUGCCAGAAGCUGUUCCAUGACAAGGUUAAGCAUCUGCGACACCUUGUGCACCAUGCCACGGUUGUUUACUUCUGCUGUCCGUUUUGUGACAAGCAGAGCCGAACCAAGGCGAAUUUGCAGAUCCAUAUGCGUAUCCACACUGGAGAGCGGCCGUAUGUCUGUGUCUACUGCAAUAAAGGCUUCCGCAACUACUGCGUGCUGAAGGUGCAUGUACGAAGCCAUACAGGUGAGAAGCCCUUCACAUGCAACAUCUGUGGUCAGUCCUUCACAAAGAAUAUUCAUCUGAAGAGGCAUGUCAGCACCCACUCGGGUGAGAAGCCCUUCUCCUGCGACCUCUGCGGCAAAGGCUUUGGUAGGAAUGACCAUCUACAGCGCCACAUCAAGACCAUCCAUACCCGGGAGAAACCGCACGGUUGUAACCUCUGCGGUAAGGACUUUGUCAGACGCUACGAGCUGGAGCGCCACAUGCGCUUCCACCAGAAGAAGGGCAGUGCAAAAACAAAAACAUCUAAAAGAAAACAGGUCAAGAUGGAGGCGCACGAAAAGCAGAGCUCUGAUACAAGUAGUUCUGAAAUCUUGGGCGCGGGUAAUGUGAAUGUGGAGUCCAGAGAUGAGAGAUUGGUUUAUGACAGCUUUAAAACUGGCAGGGGUCCUGUGCCUAGUCAGCCUUACCUUUCAAACCUACCAGACAUGCUCUGUGUUAGCAACCAGACAACAAACCUAGCGAUGGUGAACGACUUCUCAAAUAGCACUACCUCUUGUGGACCAGAAAACAACAACAACAAUAUUGUUCCAAACCGAAAACAGUUCAACGACAACCGUUUUAUGUCAGUGGACGGAUCAAAUCUUGACAGUGAUAGGACUACAGAAGCGUAUCGUUGCCAAGCCAGUUUUGAGGGAGGUAAAACAAUGCUUCCAGAACAGAAAGUAUAUUCGAUGCAGCCGAACCCUUUGGUCAUCAGUCCUGUGAAUGCAAGUUUGACGGUGGCACAAAAUGGAGUCACAAACCUGCCAUACCCAAUACAGUAAUCCGUACUUUUCAUUAAUCCUACAAGCGUCUGUCUUGGCUCAGAUGAUGAAAUAUCGAAACGAAAGAGGAGGCGCUGAGGACAAAUUCAAUCAGAAAAGUAUUGGUGUCUAAGACUAAAACAAUACAUCUACCUGUUAUGUUAUACACUGAAAACAAAAAAUGAAAAAUGGACUAACGUUAAGUUAAGAUUUAUUUUGGCUUAAAGUCUUGUGAGGAUGGUAUUACAUAAACUUCAUUUCACGAAAGGUUCAUAAAAGCCGAUCUGGGAUGCUGGUUAGCCAAAGAAAAACGUUUAAAAUCGGCGCAAAGGUUUUUCUAGUUACUUACAUGUAAUCGUUUUGUAUGAGGAAAUUUGUUUUGCUGGUUGCAGGAGAUUUUUUGCGAGUAAAAAUUGUUGGGGUAGGACGGAAGGUGCUUGCCCCGGUUUUAUUUCCUUGAAUAUGCAUAAAAAACAUAAUUACAUCAUUGCACCACUGAUGUAAGUGCUUUAUUCACUGCCUUGUUGGUGGUUAAUUAUUUUGUUCAUUGACUGAUAACUGAAGCAUGUAAAAUGCUAGAAAGAAGUAACAGUGUUACUGACUAAUAAGUGGUUUUUCAUUUACAGUUCACUGUACCUGUUUCCUCAUCUUUUUUUUUGUAUAUGUAUCUUAAAAUACCCCUUUCUUUAUCAAAGAUUCACUGCGUGUAAUAAUUCUGUGAUGACAGUUUGUAAAGAUGUUGACUUUUUUUCUUCUGAUAUGACCUGUAGAAAUGACAAUGUCUAUGCUGAUUCUUCCAGUGUCCAGUAUAUCUAUAUAUUGAACCACAGCCAUUCCAUGACUCUCUGUAACGUUGUAUGUACACUACAUAUCUGCACAUUGUAACAGUUCAUAAUGAUCAAACCUUGUGAUAUCUAGCUAGGCCAGUUUACAUUAUCUGCUCAUCACAGCUCAUUAAAAACCUCGACUAAAAUUUUGUGAAUGUUACUCAGGAUAUUAUAUUGGAUUGCAUCAAAUUAUUUAAGGCCUGAUGACGUAAAAGCUGAGGUUUUCAUGAUAGUAAAUAUUCUUUCACCUUUGUACACGGAUAUAUACUGUACAAGAACGUAUAUUAUGUUUAUGUAUAAAUAAGGCUGAAAGGCUGGGUGUGAAUAACCAUUAAGACUACUUCAAAAUUUAGAUAAUUCACUGAAGUAGUAAUUUUUUUUCAUUUUCUAAAUUUUUUUCAUGUUUUGUGUAAAGGAAAAUCACCUUUUGUCUUCUUGGCCUUAUAUGCACGAAAUGUUAAGACUACUUGAUCGUUUAUAUUUAAAUCUUUCGAAGGAGAGCUGUUUUUCUGUUUAUAAUAGUAAGAUUUGCAUAUUAAGGUUUAGAAACGACCAUUUGUGGUGCUACUUCUGCAUGGAUAUACCUGUGGUACAAUGUAUAGGAGUCAGACGGGCAAGUGUGCUACUUUCAAGUCUUCCUGAGCUCGUAUUUGUUAAAAAGUUUUUAUUUUUGUACACAUAGGCUUACAUAUAUAGUCAUGUACAGUCACAUUUUGAGUUGAAAAAAUAUAGUCUUUGUUAUUGUUGUUAAAAUCCUCGCUCACACGGCAUGACUUGCCAUGUCGAAUUCCAUUUGCCAAACGAAAAGAGGAAAUGCAUUGUUUCGCACAUUUGUAGAAUUUGAGAAAACACAUUGUAUGCAAAGGGCUUACCAAAUGCUUGUAGUUUGUCCUGCUUUCGUUGGACAUGUCGCAGUUCGAUGAAUUGAUUUGACAAAUCAAACCGAAUUACAACCGUUAGCAUGGCCUUGGGUACAUAUAUGACAGUGUCUUAAUUCAUAUAGAAUAGGAUAAACAAGCAUUGAAGCAUUGUUCUCUCAUGUAAAUACGGAAAUCUAUGCAUUGGAGAAAUAGAAAUCACCAAAACAAAGCAGAUCUUAUGGAUUCUAUUGAAGUCAACUAUGUAAUUAUUCUUUUUAACACCUAGAUCUACCAUCGUUCUGGAUGCUGAGCCCUUAUCGGCAAAGGGAUAUAUUUUAAAUUUUACUGCAAUAAUUAUAUGUUUAAUACAAUAAUACCUGUACAUUCCUUUCUUUUGUCCGCCAUAAUUUGUCCAUAAAAUGGAAAAAGAUUAUCAGUCUUAAAUUGAAAUGAUAAUAAUUAACCCUUUUAUGAAAAGACGACGACUGAUGUUUAAAACAUUAUAUUUUCAUUCCAUCAGAGACGCAUUUUAAUUUUAUAAAGUGGUCAGUGAUAAUUUUAAAUAAUUUGUUUUCCUUUGUAAAUGGAGAGUUUUUAAUAUUUUACACAUCACAUGAAAGGCAAGGAGUUGUUUUGUUGAAGUAUGUGAUUGUUGUUCUUGUUUCUUAUUUGAGGCACUGUUGUUCACCUACUCAUACCUCUGAGUUCCCUCUGUAAUUGGAAGGCGGUCUAUUUUGCAAUCCUUUGGGGUGGCACUAGUGUGAAGCAGGACUUCGAGCCAUUGUUACUUCAAGAAUGAAUUGUCGCGUAACAUCUACGCCAUUACAGUAUAUCAGUGUCUAUUGUAACGUCGUACUGUCUAUAUAUGUGACGUCAUCAUGAUGAGCCGGGAAAGGAACAUUUGACGUCAAUAAAAUGACGUCACGGUCAUGAUGCUGGGUCUUUGACGGGUCCACAUUGAUAUAGAUGGUUAUGAGAGCAAAUGUUACACAUUUUGACUGUUGCAAGAGAGAAUUGAUUAGUUUUGUGUAUAAUAAACACCCACAUAUCCGUAAUGUCGUAAAUUAAAUAUCAUUAUGUCUUUUUCAUUCCAACAGAAAGUCACACGCGUAUUAGAAAAUUUUUGUACUUGAUACGAGAAUUGUGGACGUCAAUGAAAAUUUUUUAGAUGGACAGUACAGAAAAUUUGCACCAACCAUGAUCACUAGAUACUUAUAUAAUAUGGCGUGUAUUUUCUUAUAUUGAUUCUAUUUUAUUUAUGUACGCGUACUUAAAAAGUUCUGUUUUAGCUGCAAAUAUUAUUGCAAAUGUGUACUCGAGAUACUUUGUCCAUGUAGAUCUGUCUGUUACCUGUUCUCCUAUGUACGGGCGUAUAUCAUGGCGGUUAGGAUCUUCUGCUACAUUGAAUGCCAUGUCCUUAAAUUCUAAGCUAGAUGUUUUGUUCUAUUACUGUACUUCCUCAACUUUUUCGCAUGUUUACAGGGUAUUCAUUCAAGCAUUUUCUGAAGGCAUUAUUCUGUGUUGACAGAUAAAAUUGUACUUUUUGUGAAGGCCUGAAGUUUGCCAACACCACCGUUUAGUUUUAUCUUCAAAAUCUAAUUAUAAAUGUGCAUACGUUGCUGUCAAUGUUGCUCUUUUAAUGCGAAGAGGUUGAGGAAUUGGGUACUCCCACUGUGUGUUCACCAGAAGUUUUCCUGAUACUAUUUUAUGAACCAAUUUUUUUUCAAAUAUCUUAUGUACUAAUUUUUUUACUCCCAAAUUUAUGGUAUGGAUUUCAUGUGCUAUCAUUGUAAUUUUAGACAUGGGUCUAUGUGCUGCAAGGAUCACUGUCUGUCCAUCAGACAGCCAGAUGUUUUUCUUCUAAUAGCGUAUGCAUUGGUAAGGUGAUCCCCACGCGUCCACGUCAGUGCUAACUUUUAACCAUUCUUUGUUCAUGAUAUCUGUUAUUGUGUUUCUUUUAAACUUGUUAUAAAAUACAUUCCUAUAUUUAUAUCAAAUAUUUUGAUGAACUUGUAAUUCUUUACCAUUGAGCAUAAUAAUGACUAAGUGCUAUGGUAGAAGUUUUUCAUGACUAAUAUUUAUUUUAAUGAAAUUAUUACUAGUUAUUAUUAAGUGCACAUAUGUUUCUCGAUAUCUAAAAUAGUAUAACUCUGCCUUAUUCUUUAAUUUAAUCAAGAUUUACUUUUUAAAUGCACUUCCAUUUUGGUGGGAAACGACACGUAAAGGCUGGAAUGCUAUGAAAUUCAAUUUGUAUUGGGCUAAAUUUGCAGACGUGUAAGGAAUGCAGUUUGGUAUGUAUAGUUCAUACUAGUUUACCCGUGGAUAGUUGGGGGAUAUACACGACGUUAAGAAAUGUUCUUUCGGAAAAUGAUGGGUGGAGUUUUUAACCGAGAAAGGAAUGAAAUUUCAUAAUUCUUUAUUAUGCAGACAUUAAGAAAUAUGGCACCUUUGAAGGUAAAGUGCGGAUUCUAUGCAUGGCUGUGUAAAUUUGAUCUCCAGUCUUUGCCAUUUGCUUCUAGGUCUUUUUGCCGUUUUAAUGUACUCGUUUUUGAUACACGGAGCUGUAUGCUAUAUCCAUGCCCCACUUCUAGCAUUUGUUCUGCUGUGGGCAAAACUAUUCAUUGAUGGUUGGUACAAAAAAGCUCAAGUUAUUUUUUGAUACAUGUGUGAAUGAAACUGCAGAGUAAAGGGUUGCACAUACUAUCUGACUGAUGCAGGAUCAGACAAUUCACGAAAUGAAUGCGAGAAAGGCUGAUAGAAUGAAUGUGGAGAAUUUCUGUAGAGUUGAGAGUGUUAUGAAGCUUCAUCGAAUGAAUAUCAUUAAGAUCCAAAAAGUGAGUACGAAGGUUAAUUGAGUAGUACUAAUGUGAUGAAGUUUAGAGAGUAGUGAACAUGGUGAAGGUUCAACAAAUUUUCAGAAAGCUUUAUUGAAUAAAGAUUGUGAUACAA